GCCCAUUGCUCAGACAGUGAACCCAGCUUACCGUGUUUGCAUACUCUCUCCUUCCAAAGGUUUACUGUGAGUUUAAUAAGACACACCUGGGCGUGUGUUAUCUAUGCACUGUGGCUAAUGAAGCUUAUAGUAAAACCUGGAAUGGGUGAAACUGCUAUGCAAUAGGAGUCUUAUUUCCAUCCCUGAUGCAUCUCCCCAAAAAAAUAUCAUAUGAAAAUGAGCUUUCUUCUGUGGUGUGAUAUUACACAUGGAUAAUAUGUACAAAAGCUCGGAUAAUAACUGCCCAUGCAAACUCAGACUGCAAAGACAUUGCCUUUAUUAGCGUUGCAAGCCUCUAAUUAUAUCCAUAAGCACUAAAGUCUGAAAUCGGAGGUAGAGAAUGUUAGCACAUGUUUCAUCUCAAUUCAAACAGCUGUGCUCAAGAUAUAGCUAAAACAUGACCUAGAAGCAUGAUGGCUUUCAGCAACACGAGAAGCUGGCAAUAGCGUGUUGUUAAUACAGUGAAUGGGUUGCUUGAAACCAUGCAGCCAGUCGGGAUAGGCAUGCCAGAGCAGACCGAAUCGAAAGGUGGCGAGGAAAUCCACGUUCAGGUCGAGCAGGCUGGAGCCACUGAGAGAUUUAUUCAGAUCCACCGCUCCGCUAAUGAUGAUCCUGCUGAUCAGCAGGUGAACCAGGCUGCCCAGAGUGAAGAACACACAGACAGCAACGUCUAAAACGGGAAACUAGAGAAACCGAAGAACCGAAGAUGCUGUUAUUAUUAUUAUUAUUAUUAGUUUUUAAAGGAAAGAGCCUUAAGCAACCAUAAUUGAGGUUUCACCACGUGGUUUUGAAACGUGGGCUUUGGUGUCAAAUGUGGAAAACGUGUUCACCAAUCCCAAACUAGACAGUUGCUUAUUGGGCGCGUCUUAAUCCGUGUUUAAAAUGUUACUCAAAUCACUGGCCUUCACUUUGUUGUAUGGAAAACGUAUUGUAUAAUAUUACAAAUACAAAUGCGUGUUAUGGUAUGUAUCUAGAAGUUACGUCGUGCGUAGGUGUCUCGUAUUGUAUAAGAUAUCACAUUUCGUGCAGUUUGGCCGAGCGGACCUCGAAGCGAAGCCUUAAUGCACAGGAUGAUUAGAAAGUCAGUUUGCCACAUCAACGCAUCUCACAAACGGUAGGGCACAGGAAGGUGAAAUUGCAUAGGGGUUAAGGGAACCAUGGGGUCUGUGAGAUAUGGUGCGUUGAUGUGGUGCGCUUACUUUCUAAUCACCCUGUACAUUAAACAUACACACUAAUCAAUGAUAUAUUACAUCUAUAUGUUAUGUUCAUUUAAACGCCAGUCAUACAGCUGAGUUAAAUCAGUUUUAUAACGUUGUGUUUAGAAUAUAGCCGUAUAAUAAAUGUGGGCUGUAUAAUUCCAAAGAGUAGAACAUGCGAACGUUUCUCCAGCAGGGGGCGCAGGUGUCUCGCUGAUAUUGUGUUGCUUUUCUUGUGACAGUAAAAUGACAAAAAAUCGGCCUCACCCAAGAUAGUAUGUUUUUCUUAGGGAGAUAUUAUAUUUAAUGUAGAUGACUCCAAUCCUAAAUGUACCACAGGGACGCUGUUUACCUCCAAACAUCCAACAUCACUCAAAUUCUACACUGAGUGAUCAAUUGCGUUUACAAAUGCUUACAAACGCUCAAUUUUCAGUUAUUCACAUUGCUGUAAGAAUAUAAACUGAUCGCAUUAUUACAUUCGCCGAUAGUAUUUUAUAGCUUAUUUACAGAAUGCUAUUUUUUUUCUUUCUCUCAUACAUCAAUAACAACACAGGUAUGCGAUGAAAUGUUUGAAAAAAAUUCCAGACAAAAAGUGUUGGGGGAAGUUUACCUGUGUAGCAAUGGGGAUUUUUAUCAGAUAUAGAGAAUCUGCUAUUUACUGUGAAGGAGGCGAUUUGUCCAUAAUGAAACGUUCCUUCAACGCGCAGUUGCAGUUCCACUUUUGGCCGGCAGGGGGUGGAGCACAGCACAGUCCUCGCAGCGCAGCCUCUUCAGAUAGCAGAUUGGAACCUGGCGUUUAAACAUCAGUCAGGGGUGUGAUGUGUGCCAGUCUGUGUUCAGUACGCGGAGGCGCUGCAUGAGGAAUUGGUUCAUCCGUUUCUCUUCUCUUUUUUUUUACCUUCUCCAUUUGUGUCACUAAAUCCCCCGAAGAUGCCUUCAAAUCAGAAACUACAAGGUGGAAAAGCAUUCGGACUCUUAAAAGCACAGCAACGGGACCGCUUAGAAGAAAUCAACAAGGAGUUUCUUGAAGACCAGAAGUUUAGCGAUGAAGAGGACCUUGCAGAAAAGCUGGACUCUUUUAAAAGCAAAUAUGUUGAAUUUGACCUCAACGAUCAAGGGGAGAUUGACAUGAUGGCCUUGAAGAGAAUGAUGGAGAAGCUGGGGGUCCCAAAAACUCACCUGGAAAUGAAGAAGAUGAUCUCGGAGGUGACAGGAGGGUGCAGCGAGACCAUCAGCUACCGGGACUUUGUGAAAAUGAUGCUGGGGAAGCGAUCUGCUGUCCUGAAACUAGUAAUGCUCUUCGAAGACAAGGCCAACGGAAGCAGUUUGAAGCCAGUCGGACCUCCUCCUAAGAGAGACAUCACAAGCCUCCCCUAAAGGAUUCCAGGGGAACCUGGACCAACCCGCACAGAGUCCCACAAAGUGUCUUUGUAUAGGUUUGUAAGUAGAGCCACGGUUAGGCAUCGGCUGUGAUCAAGCCAGGAUGCAGUCAGGUGCUGAAAGCCUGCAGUGUGCGGAGCAGGACCUCAGCUGCCAAGGGACGCUUCGCCAGAUUUUAAUUAUGGAGUGGUGCUAUCCUUAUAGCGGCUUUUAAAAAGUACACUACCAAGCAACAAGACAGACAGCAACUGUGUGGUUUUAGGAAAGGUCAUGUAUUGUGUCAGCAUUACACGAUCGCACGCAGUGAUCAUAGCUUUUGUCACUGGGUACUUUUUAAAAACUAUUGCUGCGCCAUAGUUGAAAUUUAAUCUUAGGGUUAGUAGUAAAAUAUACUUUUCAAACACUGUAAAGUAUAACAUUUAAUAAAUAUUGUAUAUAUCUUUUUUUUAAAUUAACGGAUACACUCUUGUUAAUGCCCUAGUCCUUGUCAUAACCCCCUUCCCAAUCUCGACUCAGUCAUAUUUAUUAUACCAUUGACACUCAUUCUAGUCGCAACUUCCACCCAAUUCUGACCAAAAUCAAAUUUAUGGUCCCGUGGGGCAUUCACAAGAGUGGAUCAAGUACGGGCAUUACCCUCUAUAGAAACAUAUGAAGCAGGUUUGUGAAAAUGAUGCACAGCUGUGUGGUUUAAGUCAAGUCCCUCACCAGUCCCAUUGACAGUGUCUAUUGUACAUCAGGUAGCAAUGCCAGCUGAAUCGGAUGAACAGAGAGCCGAGGUCUGUUCUACUGAACAACUAAAACCUGCUGUUAUUCAUUAUACCUGCUCAUUUCAGGCUGGAACACAAACCCCCCCACCACCCCACCCCCCUACACUUGCAUGGAUUUAAUAGAUGGAUCUACUGUAAGACUGCCAUUGCAUAUUCGUAUGAGCCAUUUCAGUCUUUAUUAUGAGUCUGCAGUAAUGUAAGUGGACUUUUGUUACCGAUAAAGUGUGAUUAAUGUAAUAAAACUCAUAGUAAAACCUGGAUCAGCCAACACUGGUAUGCAAUGGAAGGCCUUAGCUGGAUUAUAAAGUAACCCUAAGAUAGUUUUGCUGGGUUUUUUAAAAUUUUAUUAUCAGCUGGUUACACGCACAGCUUAAUGCAGGUCGCCUUCUAAAGCAAGCCUUGUAACUAUACAAAGAAUGACUUGUGGUCUGUGGGUUACAGUGAGAGUUAAUAUAUAGUUUUGUUAUUUUCAAAUAAAGGCACAUGUUAAUACAUGGGGUCAAUAAAUCAGCCCUGGGGAUCAAGCCCAGCUGUAUUAAUAUAGAGAAAAAGUGCAAUGGCAUUGAUAUCCGUCACUCUUUGAGAAGUUCAUGUAAAAAUAAAACUAAUAUUACAAUUAAGAGCUGAGCUGUUUAAAUCAAUGCUUACUGUAUAUGGUUUUUUUAAUUCACUUUUUAAUGCAGAGAGCAGCACAUGUAAUAAAAGGUAAUAUUUUUUAAAAAAAUUAAUUGGAGUUAGAUUGCUAAAGUAUAUUGUGUAUUGUGCAUCCAUAACAUUCAAUCAGAAAAAAACAGGUAACACUUUUAAUUAAGAAACUAACUCCAGUAGACAGACUUCCACUGAUGAAGACGCCAGCUGAAACGUUUGUCUGCUUCCAUUAGUUUCACGUACAUUUUAACGAAAUAUUGCAGAGUAGUGAAAAAAUCAAUGAAUGGCUUUUUUUAAGUGCUAAGAGUAAAUGGCCUGAUAUAUUAAAAGCCGAGGUUGGAAAUUGGGGAGACUUGGUGCAGUGCAAGACCCACAUUGAGCCUUCGUAUGGAUGUGUGAAGCCAUCCCUUUAACACGGAUGUAGUGCGCUCUGUUUAUUGUCGUAAUAAUGUACUGACGCCCUUAAAGCCUCAUUUAAUUAAAGGGGAGGUAGCAAAUUAAAUAAGUCCAUAGAUUCCGCCUGUUAUGUACUGUAGGUCUCACAAGAAGCCUAUGUUAUUCCAAACACUUAUUUUGUUCAUGUAUCUAUGGUACCAAUCUAGGUUAAAGAAAGCUCUGAGAUUGCUUGCUUUGGUUUCAGAUACCUGUAGGUCUUUCGGAGUCAAAGCACUUGAGUCUUUAAGGAAGUUUCUUUCCUUCGUUGCAGGAAAGGACCUUGGAACUGCAAACAGUAUAUAACAGAAUUUACAUAAAGUACAGUAUUUCUUUUGAGCAGCAUUUUUUGUGACAACUACAUUUAUUGCAGUUAUUUAGCAGUACCAUAGGGGAAAAUUUUAAGACGGGAAGUUCAUAUUAAAAAUAGAACCAUCUGUGUGCACUAGGCUUUAUAAACCCUCAGGAUAGAUAAAGACUAGUGGGGACAUUCCAAGGACUUCAAGCAAAGCAAAAGUGAUUUUAUUUUUAACUGAUCUGUUGUACAGUGUACAAUGAACCCUGUUUCAUGUGGAAGUAGCUGCAUGAUACUGUUUUAUGUUCUCAUUUAUAUUUAAAUGUGUCAGGUAAACCAUUUGUUUGUUCACUGCUUUCUGAUUAGAGAUUUUUGUUUUUUGUUUGUAAAAAAAGAAAAUUAAAAAAAAAAAGAUUUGG